GGUUGUGUGUGCCACAGCUUAAAAUGCCAUCAGCCCUUGACCUCCUUCAAGUUCAAGCCAUAAGCAAAGCAAAGGAAUGUCUAGUCAGUAGCACCCUCCUUUUCAUCAAACCAAGCCAUGCAAGACCAGGCGGAGAGCCAGAUAUACAUCCUGAUCUCAAGAGGAGGGUGCAACAGAUCGAGGCAGUAGGAGUUUCAAAGCGUAGAGGGGCAAUUCCGACAGAUGCAAGAGAAGAACGAAAGCGAUCCAGCUGCAGCAGAAAAUCAAGCAGCGGGUGCGGGUCCAACAGGCAGGAGAAGCUCGAAAGUGAUCUGCAUCAGAAAAUCCAUCAGCAGGUCCACGCUACAUUUAGCAGCAUUCGGCUAUAAGCUUCCCAUGAACCGGCAGCGGCCCUUCCUAGCAUGCGUGUAUCUUCCUCCUGGCGAUGACCUUAUGAUACAUUUUAUAUUUACAUACGUUCACCAAAUCCAUCUAAGGAGACAGCUUGUCGUUUUUCAAGAAAGAAGGAAUGUUAAA